GACAAUCCAAAUACCUAUUGCAGCAGUAAGCUGUCUGUGUAUAUCUGUUUAAAUUCUACUCUCACUACCGAUCUCCUUAAGGGACGUUUCACGAAAGGUUGACACAUCACUGAUAAAUUAAAAAGCACAAGCACAAAGUGCUUUAAAUAAUACAUGAACGUGUACAUCAUCCUUUUCGCCACGUUUUGAAACGACCGAUCUGCUUUAUCUUAUCACGAGGAACGCAUCGUACGACUUGAAGGAGGACAGUUACCAGCAAUGAAGUCCUCCAUGUUGGAAGUGCUGUUCAUUAUGGCAUCAGUAGCAGCGGCCAGACAGUUGGACUGCUUGCGGAGCAUGUUUCCGAAGCCCUACCCCCAUGCCCUCAACAACGGCGUGGACCCGGGUCAGCCCCUCCUGCUGACGCCCUACAUAGAGAGAGGCGACAUAGAGAAAGCCCGGCUGGUGAGUGAAACGGGGUCUUACAUUCCCCAACCGGGGCACUCCGGCUUCCUAACUGUCAACAAGACUACCAACAGCAACAUGUUUUUCUGGUUCUUCCCGGCACAGGUGAACCCCAAGACUGCUCCAGUGCUCGUGUGGCUGCAGGGUGGACCCGGCGGAUCCUCCCUCUAUGGUCUGUUUGUGGAACAUGGACCCUUCUCUGUGGAUGAGCAUGGCAACUUGGUGAGGCGCAACAUCACCUGGAACUCUCGCUACUCCAUGCUGUAUAUUGACAACCCUGUAGGGACUGGUUUCAGCUUCACGGGCAAUGAUUCCGGCUACGCUAACAACGAAGAAGAUGUCGCCAGGGAUCUGUAUAGUUGUCUGACGCAGUUCUUUCAGAUAUUUACAUCAUAUCAAAGCAAUGACUUCUACAUCACCGGAGAGUCGUAUGCAGGAAAGUACGUCCCCGCCAUCUCCUACAAGAUCCACGUGGAGAACCCAACAGCUAAAGUGAAGAUCAACUUCAAGGGGAUGGCUAUCGGAGAUGGCCUCAGUGAUCCAGAGACAAUGAUGCCUGUGUAUGGCGAGUAUCUCUUUUAUCUCGGACUGCUGGACGAAAACCAGCGAGAUGACGUCACCGCAAGGGGAAAGGAAAUGGCCGCCUACGUUAGGGAGGGCAGGUAUCAAGAAGCUUACAAGAUAUUUGGCACAAUGCUUGGGGUUAUUGGAGAAGAAACUGGACUUCAUCAAUUUUACAAUUAUCUUAUUACAAACAAUCCUAAAGACUUCAGCUAUCAUCCACUGUUUCUAGCACGCCCAGAGACGAGAAAUGCUAUUCAUGUUGGUAAUCUCACCUUCCAUGAUGGUGCCGAGGUAUCGGAGCACCUUAGUAAUGAUUUCAUGAUGUCAGUGAAACCCUGGUUGGCCACAGUCAUGGACAACUACAAGGUAAUGCUGUACAAUGGGCAACUGGACAUCAUUGUGGCCAACCCUCUGACCGAGGCCAUGCUGCAGACUGUGGACUGGCGGGGGCUGCAGGCAUACAAGGCUGCCCAGAGGACAGUGUGGAAGGUCAAUGCUGAUGAUGAAGAGGUGGCUGGCUAUGUGAGACAGGUGGACAACUUCUACCAGGUAGUUGUGCGUGAUGGAGGCCACAUAUUGCCACAUGACCAGCCAGCUAGAUCAUUUGACAUGAUUCGGAGAUUUGUGGAAAAUAUACCUUUCAGUGAUCUUCAUCAGUAGUAUUGUAUCUGUGAAGGAUUUGAAAUAAAGUCUCCAAGAUUUCA